AUGCUGGCAAGAGUGUGGGGAUGCCUUAAUCUCAGUAGGCGACUGGUCUCGCGAAACUUCGGCGAGAGAAGUGGUAGGUGGCCGGAAUCUAAAGGGUGGGGAAGAAGUCGCCUAUUUGAUUUUUGGCUUCUUUCUAUAUCAAGAUCCAGAAAAUCGAGCGAUUCUUCAACUGGGCAUUUACAGAUGGGUAUAUACCUCAGUGCUCCUAAAACAGAGAAAUUUUCUGAAGAUGGUAAGAACAGUAGGCUUAGAUAUGGCUUAUCAUCCAUGCAAGGAUGGCGUGCUACGAUGGAAGAUGCUCAUGCGGCGCUUAUUGAUUUGGAUGCCUCCACUUCAUUCUUUGGUGUUUAUGAUGGUCACGGGGGUAAGGUGGUUGCCAAAUUUUGUGCUAAAUAUCUUCAUCAGCAAGUUCUCAAGCACGAAGCAUAUUUGGCUGGUGACAUAGGUACUUCUGUUCAGAAAGCUUUUUUCAGAAUGGAUGAGAUGAUGCGUGGACAGAGAGGGUGGAGGGAGUUGGCCAUUCUGGGAGAUAAAAUAAACAAGUUUACUGGCAUGCUUGAGGGUUUGAUAUGGUCUCCAAGAAGCGGAGACAGAAAUGACCAAGUUGAUGAUUGGGCAUUUGAGGAGGGCCCACAUUCUGAUUUUUCUGGACCUACUUCUGGGUGCACAGCUUGUGUUGCAGUCGUUAAGGGCAACCAACUUGUUGUUGCAAAUGCUGGUGAUUCGCGAUGUGUAAUUUCUAGGAGUGGUCAGGCAUACAACCUUUCAAGAGACCACAAGCCUGAUCUUGAGGUUGAGAGAGAGAGAAUUUUAGAAGCUGGUGGUUUUAUCCAUGCAGGACGUGUUAAUGGCAGUCUCAAUCUUGCAAGAGCUAUUGGUGACAUGGAAUUCAAGCAGAACAAGUUUUUACCUGCUGAAAAGCAAAUUGUAACUGCCAAUCCUGAUGUAAAUAUUGUAGAACUUUGCGAUGAUGACGAGUUCAUUGUGCUUGCCUGUGAUGGCAUCUGGGAUUGCAUGUCAAGCCAGCAGCUAGUAAAUUUUAUUCACGAGCAGCUGAAAUCCGAAACUAAGCUUUCCAAGGUCUCUGAAAAAGUACUCGAUCGGUGUCUGGCACCAUCUACUGCUGUAGGCGAGGGUUGUGACAACAUGACCAUGAUCUUGGUGCAAUUUACGAAACCUACCCCUUCGAGCGCAUCUGCUCAUGAUAAAUCCUCUGCUCCUGAGGAAUGGAUUCUCAGAGAUUCUGAUUUUUCAGUAGUGUAUUAUAAAGGAUUUCUUGGACCAAGUGAAAUAGCCAUUGCAGUUAAGAUUCCCGUGGUUCAUUGUGAUCUCAAGCCGAGUAACAUUCUUCUGGAUGAAUCUCUUUCUGCUUAUGUUAGUGAUUUUGGUUUGACAAGGCUCCUUUUGAAGUCGGACGAGGAAGUUAAUUUGGCUGAAUUCAGCUCAGUUGUGCUCAAAGGCACCAUAGGAUAUGUUUUGCUCCAGGUACGCUGCACUACAUCUGUACAACACAAAUUUCGGAAAGGCUGCUGCUGUCACGGAUAA